AUGGGGUAUCGGAAAAACCUAAGAAUAGUGUGCGGUAGCCUGAAAGAUAAGGGUUCAUUGAUCAAGACCGUCUUAUCAUCAAAGCCCCACAAAUCUGCCGUUCGUUGCGUGAUCCUACGCGCCACCACCCACGGCUCCUCCUCCCCACCAUCAAACCAUCGAAUUGCAGCCGUCAUCUCCCUUGGCCUUGAAUCAAAAACCGAGGCAUGUUCUUGUAUCCAAGCUCUCAUGGAUAGACUGCAUAGCACGAGCGACGCGUUGGUUGCACUAAAAUGCCUCUACACCAUCCAUAACAUCAUAGGGAAAGGGUUCUUCAUCUUGAAAGACCAGCUCUCAAUGUACGAGUACUUUGGGGGUCGAAAUUUCCUCAAGUUGUUGAUGUUUCGAGACGAUUUGGAUCCAGAAACAAGGGAAAUGUCCAAAUGGGUUCGAUGGUACGCAGCCAUCUUGGAACAAAACUUGGUGGUUUCCAAGGUCUUAGGUUGUCACCUUUACAGUAAACGUGCCAAGAAUGUUAUCGGUAAGGAAAAAGACAAUAUCUCGAGUUCGUUGAACUCGGAUUUACUAAAUGAUAUCGAUGCUCUCGUUGAGUUCGCAUGCCAGGUAGGUGACCUUCCCGAUUCCCUUCAUCUUCAACGAAAAAGUUUGGUGUACGAGAUUGUAAGAUCUAUCGGCGAAGAUUACAGAUUGGUCCAGCGUGAAAUCGGUACUCGAGUUGCGGAACUCGAAGCGCGAAUGAUAAGUUUGAGUUCUAGCGAGUGGACUCAAUUCCUGAAUUCGUUAACCAAGUUCGAGGAUUGCAAGGAGGGAAUAUCUUUGUUGUUUAGAAACAGAAACAGGAACGAUGAGUUGUGGGAUUUAGUGAAGGAAACAAAGGCAAAGCUUGUGGCAGUGAUGAAAGAUAGAGGAAAUGACGGUAAAAGGACGUUAGUGGUUAGAUUACUACAACGAACGAGUCGAGCGAGUUGA